ACUAUUACACCAGCCCACUACACACCACAAAAAAUGUCCACAUAUGCAAACUACCCCCCCCCCCCCCAACCCAGCAGGGGGCUUCGUGGUGCAGUGGUUAGCACACUCGGCUCACAAACGAGAGAGCUCGAGUUCGAUUCAUACGACAGCCUUCCACGCCCGUGCAUACGUGGAUACAUGAGAUUAGUGCAGGAAAGAUGUAUUUUAGCCGUGAAAACAAAAAAUGUUACGGGUUAGGUUUCUGCCCAAGCCCGCCACGAAAAAUAUAUAUCCUUAUUUUCUCAAAAAGGAAGCAACUUAAGAUCACGCCCGUACGCCCAUGUCAGCCUUCCACGCCCGUGCACACGUGGAUAUAUGAGAUUAGUGCAGGAAAGAUGUAUUUUAGCCGUGAAAACGAAAAAAUAUGUAACGGGCUAGGUUACUGUCCCAGCCCGCCACGAAAAAUAUAUAUCCUUAUUUUCUCAAAAAGGAAGACACUUAGGGUCCUCUCCCACAUAGCCGAUUUCGCACUACGAUGGUCCACGAUGGCCCAUCCCUCAAAAUCGGCGUUGGCUGUCGUGGACCGUAGUGUGUCAUCGUGCGAUUUCAGACCGAAAAUAGGUCACAACGACAUGGCGAGGGAGGAUCGCACGUCUACGCACGACUAUAUCGCAUACAACGACGACUGUCGAGCGGGCAUCGAGGCAUGGCCGCACGACAUCGCACGACAUCGCAUGACAUCGGCCGACAUGUCGGCGCAUAUGUCAGUACGGCAGCGUACGACGUACUCGAUGACAGCCCGACAUGAACGAUGGCCUUUCGAAUAUCGCACGACUGUCGCUCGAAGGGCGCACGACACCACAACGACGUCGAGCGCACGUCGUGCACUUACCGUGGGUGGAGGUGGUAUAUACAUAAACCGGUGGCCCAACAUACUUGCUGUGAAUCUCCUUAAAACCUCCAGAGCCACACGUUACAGCAUCCCACCUGCGUAGCCACAAUGUCUCUCAUGUACUACAUCACACCGACACUCAUUCGCAGGGAUCCUGAACUUGUGAGAGCCAUACUGGACUUUGAAUACUUACACAGCGUCACCCUGUACACCCUACUCAAGAGGAUGAGGAGGAAAACGAGGAAGCAGGUAGCGUGAGUGGACGCGAGGAGACCGGCGAGCAGACAGGGGCGAUGGAGCGUAGUGUCGUCAGCCGACGGGCCCGCGGUAUACUACGGGGCAGCGGGCAGCCUCGGGCAUCUGUCGCUGGCAAGCGCGCGCGAUUUAAACCGUCGACCGACGUCGGCGACUAUGAGGAUUAUGUCGGCCGACGUCUUGGAGCCAUCGCACGUCCCCCCCCCGACAUCGCACGACGUCGUACGCUGCCAUCGUGGGUAUCGAGCUGUCGGCCAGCGUCGGCCGAUUAUUUUGAACAUUCCAAAAAAAUCGGCGGUCGUCGCCGAUGCUCCGCUGUCGGCCGACCCCCGUCGACCGACAUAGGGGAUUAUUCGUGCAAGCAGCGUAAUCCUAUGCCAAUGGCUAUACUUUUGACGCCGAUGCUCACAUUUCGGAGCAUCGUAGACCAUCGUAGUGUGAAAUCGGCUAUGUGGGAGAGGAGCAUUAAGAUCACGCCCAUAAGCCCACGACAGCCUUCCACGCCCGUGCACACGUGGAUAUAUGAGACUAAUGCAGGAAAGAUGUAUUCUAGCCGUGAAAACGAAAAAAUAUGUUACGGGCUAGGUUACUGUCCCAGCCCGCCACGAAAAAUAUAUAUCCUUAUUUUCUCAAAAAGGAAGACACUUAACAUCACGCCCAUAAGCCCACGACAGCCUUCCACGCCCGUGCACACGUGGAUAUAUGAGACUAGUGCAGGAAAGAUGUAUUUUAGCCGUAAAGACGAAAAUUUUGUUACGAGGUGAAUGUCAAACUGCCCCGCCCCGCCCGCCGAAAAUGUUUGAGCUUGUUUUCUGCAAUAUUACAUCAUCUACGCUAACGCCAGUGUAGGCAAGCCUUUCCCCAUCGACAGUGAAUGCGUGGGGCGUUGUGGCGUCUCUUGCAAACGAUAAUUAGUGACACAACGUAAGAAAAACUGUCUGUACGGUGCUGGGCUCAGGUCCGGCGGCCCCCGAUGACGCGGGUGUUAGAAUCGCUCCUAACGGGGUAACUAACGCUGGCUCACCUGACCUGGCACCUCACACACCUGCCGGCACACCUCUAAAUUAUGUUGUAAUAGUCCACGCCCCCCAGUGGCCAGUAUUUAGGCCACAUUACCUGAUAUUGCACGAGGCAACUCUAAGCCGUUCGUCCAUAAUUAAGCAAACGUUCGUGUUUUUUCCAAGUCAAUGAUAAAAAUGUAUAAACGUCCCUUAUUUCUAAACGUACAGCAAUUGUGAUGACACCACUGGCAUUUUAUUUAUUUUUUUUUUUUACGUCGUUGCCUGUUGCGCCGGUAAGCAUCUUCCUGGUGGGGCCUGAUGGUCGGCCUGAGGCUUCUUCCAGGUGGGGCCUGAUGGUCGGCCCAGCCCGUUCUGGCGCAGGCGAGUGUUUAUAGUGGCGCCAUCUUGCAUUGGCUCAUGCUGCCCCCCGGAACUCGUUCUUGAUUCGCUUGGACGGCUUCCUCUAGAGUCCGGGUUGAUGGGUGGUCUUCAGGACAGCAUGUGGGUAGUUUUAAGCCACUCGGCGGUGACUGAAAAAUCCGAGUGGUAGCUUGGGGAUUCGAACCCGCGUCGUCCACAACAGAAUAAAACAAAAACUUUUCUUACAAAUUUCUGGUUCUUAUAAUUCCAAUCUAACACUGACAGGUGUGGCCAGAACACUCUUCUGAGGACAAGGAAAAAAAGCUGCAUGGCAUUCCAGGCCCCUGACCUGACCUGACCUGACCAAAGAAAAAGCCACCAAAAGCUGUCCACUCACUUCCUUUCUUUUUUCCUUCCUCUGGACACUCUGUUGACAGGAAAACACUUAGGAAGAAAAAAUAAAAGAAAAUAAGAGUCAACACAACACACACACACACACACACACACACACACACACAAGAAGAGGAAGGCUGUGAAAGGCAGGCAGGCACUUGUGGUGCCCCGCAGGGCACUACAUCUACCAACACAGAUGCAGUAACACCUCCUGACCCAGUACGAGCACCACAAAUAAACAAAGAAGAAGAAAGCGAUGAUGAACGGUAGAAUUCAUCUAAUAACAAGAACAAUUUGAAGAACACAGCACAGCGAGGCGACAGUGUGAAGAACAAAUCAUUAUGGAAACACACAGGAAGUAAAAAGGGGCGUCUCAGGCCACCACACAGCUCUGCCGGAAACCACCCACUUCACCCAACGACAGCACCACGCCAAAGGACGAGAAUCAUGUAAACCCAAGCCCUGUAGAAUACUCAUGAAUAUUCACUCUUAUGUACUUAUGAGGAUGUAACCAUAUCAUAGAGUGCACCCUCAGUGCCUUAUGUGUAAAGUCAACGGUUAUGACGUAGUAAUGACGUAUAGUGACGUAGGCAACCGCCCAUAUAAGGGGGUUCCUGUUGGAUGUACGAGAUGUUUUCUGCCUGCGCCCGCACCGGCGAGGAGAACCUUUGUCAGUUACUGACUCACUCAGUAAACGGGAGCACACACGCCCUGCAUUUCCUUAGCCAGACAUCUUACAUGGCACAGUGAACGGAAGUCUGGACCUACCAACUGACCACUCCAAGAUGCCUCUCCCACGCAGGACACUCGCCCAGUCCCCUAGGGCACCUGCACCCGUGAUCCCCAGGGCCCUCGUGCCGGUGCUGACCGAGGCGAGGCGGACCAUCGCGGCGCAGCAGGAAGCAAUCUUGGAGCUGAGGGCCAGCAUCACAGGCUUGGCUGCACGUGGCCCCAACAUGCCUCCUCCCCGGCCGUCACCAGCCUCCGCUCCAGAGAAGUGCGAGCUGGAGAUGUCGCCAGCCGCCUUUAAGUCACGGAGGAGGUCCAUGGAGUGCUGGCUGCUUCUGUGCAGGUGGCCGCCACAGGAGGCAGUGCAACACAUCAGGCUCCAAUGCGUCCCUGCCCUGCAGUGGGCCCUGGACGCACGCUUCACUAUGGACCAGUGGAGCACCCUGACUCUACCAACGGCCUUGGACGCCAUCGGCAAGCUCGUCCUUCGGCCAUAUACACAGGCAGUGCAGUGGGCAGAGUUCUUUGGAGUGAGGCAGGAGCAGGAGUGUGUCAGUGAGAACAUAACCAAGUGCACACAGAAAGCGACAGACUGUGCCUUUAAGUGCCAACAGCGUAGCACAGAUUUGUUGGAGUACUUGUCGCUUAGAAAGUUAAUGGGAGUCCUCCGUGACGUGACACUGAGGCAACAAGUGUACCAGGCGUGUGACUCAAUCGGCAGUGUCGACGCCCUGAGGGCCAUGUGUUGUGCUCACGAGGCCGCCCGUCGCGACACCACAGGUGGUGGAGGCCCGGGGCGGGAGGCUGCUCGUGCGGCUGGCACCGCGCAAAGCGAGGAGACCGAGUGCGAGGAAGAGUAG